AUGAAGUUUGAACAUUCGCUUAAGUUUAAUGCUGUUCCUGAAUGGCAAGAUAGUUAUGUUAACUAUCCUGCUUUAAAAAAAGUCAUUUAUAAAUUACAACAAGAUCAAGUAGUUAUUGCUUCUAAUGCUCCUAAAGAUGGUAGUGUAUCUGUUGAAAAUGUUAAUCAAACUACGGUUACUGAAUUAGUUGAUAUUUAUAAACAUAAAAAAGUUGAACAUGAGUUAACUGUUAAGGAUAAUAAUGAAAAUUAUACUACUAAAGAUAAAAAAUUCAAUGCCACUUCUUUAAUUCAAAGAUUUAAAAAAUUGAAUUAUUCAGCUCCAAAAAUUAUUGAAACUUCAUCUACUGAAGAUGAUAUUGAAAAAUAUACUGGUUCUUCAUCAAGUGAAAACCAAUCUCAAUCUCUUAAUAAAAACAAUACCUCUAUAGAAUCAUUUGUUCAAGAAGUUGAAACUGAUGAUAAUGAUGAAACUUCAACUAUUAUUUCAUUUGAUGAUUCAACCAAAUACUCUGAUCCAUCUUCAUCCACUUUUGAUCCUUUAAAAGUUUUCUCCAAACAAUUAUUAAUUGAAAUUCAAAAAAUUACUCAAUUUUAUGAACAAAAGGAAUCUGAAGUGUUUUUAGCUUAUGAGAAUCUUAUUAAAGAUUUAGAAUUGAAUCAUGUUCAUAUCGAAGAUGUAUUUAGAUUCACUCAAGCUUAUCAUCAUGAAAAUCCCGAUGUCAUUACUACCGAUGAACAUCAUCAAUAUCAUUUAAAAUCAACUUUAUCCAGAACCGUCACUAAUGCUUCCGUUUUCGAUACCAUUAAUCAUGUGGGUAAUGAUCAUGAUAAUCAUCAUCAUGAAAGUUCAUUCCCCGUUGAUUUAGAAAAACAAGAAUAUAUCGCCGCUGAUGAAGAUGAUGAAGACGAUGAUGAUGAUGAAGACGACGAUGAUGAUGAAGAUGAUCACCACAGUGAAGAUUCAGUCUUAUUAUCUCAUGUUGAUUUUGAUAAAAAAGUUCAAGUUAAAAUCACUUUAAAAGAAAAAUCCAAAAGUUUAUUCAUAAAGAUCUCUGAAUUGAAAUCAUUUAUUGAAUUAAAUAGAAUGGGAUUCACGAAAAUCUGUAAGAAAUUUGAUAAAAGUUGUAAUUACAAAAUAAAAACUGAUUUCAUUACAAAUUUCUUACCUUCCAACUCCAGAGUAUUCAUUUCUGAAACUGUUGAUAAUUUAGAUUAUAAAUUAAAUCAAAUCACCAAGAUUUAUGCCUUUUUAUCCGAUAUUUUAACUUCCAAAACCACCACUGAAGAUUUAGAAAAAGUUAAACAAGAUUUGAAAUCUCAUUUAAGAGUUCAUAUCGUUUGGGGUAGAACUACAGUUUGGAAAGAUUUAUUAUCAUUUGAAAAGAAAUCUUAUAAUUUAGAACUCGAUGGUGGAGCAACCCAAGCUAAUAAAAUGGGUGAUGAAGCUCAUAUUAAAGAUAGUUUUAUGUUUGUGAGAAUGUCAAGUUUUAAAUUACCGUUUAAUAUUAGUAUUUCUGGUCAUGAUCAUAUUAAAAUCCCAACUUCAUUAGUGCAAUGGCAAAUUGUUAAAUUAUUAGUUAUUAUUACUGUUUUCAUCGUCUUAAUGUCGGUUAAAACUUUUAAUGAUCCAGUUCAAGCUCGUUGUUUAGCGGUCUUAGCUACUGCUGCUAUGUUAUGGGCUUCAGAAGCUUUACCUCUUUUCACUACUUCAAUGCUUGUACCAUUAUUAUGUGUCACUUGUAAAGUUAUUAAAGUUACUGGUACUGAUACUCCAAUGGCUGCUGCUGAUUCUGCAACUUAUAUCUUAGGUACGAUGUGGAAUUCAACUAUUAUGAUCUUGAUAGGUGGUUUUACUUUAGCAGCUGCCUUAUCGAAAUAUAAUAUCGCUAAAGUUCUUGCAUCUUUCAUUUUAGCAUUUGCCGGUACAAAACCUCGAAAUGUUUUAAUUUCAAUCAUGGCAGUUGCAUUAUUCUUAUCUAUGUGGAUUUCAAAUGUGGCUGCACCAGUAUUAUGUUUUUCAUUAAUUCAACCUAUGUUAAGAACUUUACCUACCAGUUCACCAGUAUCUCAAGCUUUAGUGUUAGGUAUUGCCUUAGCUUCUAAUGUUGCCGGUAUGGCCUCACCUAUUGCAUCACCUCAAAAUGUUAUUGCGUUAGAAUAUAUGAAUCCAAAUCCAGGAUGGGGGAAAUGGUUCGCAGUAGCAUUACCAGUAUCAAUCAUUUCUAUGAUUGGAAUUUGGGGUUUAUUAUGUUUGACAUUUAAAAUCCAUACUACUAAAUUAAAAGCUUAUAAACCAAUCAGGGAAAAAUUCACUGUGAAACAAUAUUAUAUUUGUGCUGUAUCAGUUGCAACCAUUUUAUUAUGGUGUGUAAUGACUAAAAUCGAAGGGGUAUUUGGUCAAGCUGGUAUUAUCACUAUCAUUCCUAUUGUACUUCUUUUCGGUCCUGGAUUACUUAAAGCUGAUGAUUUAAAUAAUUAUCCUUGGAGUAUUGUUUUAUUAGCCAUGGGUGGUAUUGCCUUAGGUAGUGCUGUCACAUCAUCCGGAUUAUUAGCUACCAUUGCUCAUGCUUUACAAGAAAGAAUUAUGGAUUUCAAUGUAUUUGUUAUUCUUAUUAUUUUUGGUAUUUUAAUAUUAGUAGUUGCCACCUUUGUUUCUCAUACCGUUGCGGCAUUAAUCAUUAUCCCAUUAGUUAAAGAAGUGGGAGAUAGUUUACCAGUUCCACAUCCAUUAAUUUUAGUCAUGGGUACUGCAUUCUUAGCUUCAUCCGCUAUGGGUUUACCAACAUCUGGAUUCCCUAAUGUUACCGCCAUUAGUAUGACGGAUGAAGUGGGUAAACGGUAUUUAACCGUUAAUACGUUCAUCACAAGAGGAGUUCCAGCUUCUCUUAUUGCAUAUAUUGUUGUUAUUACCAUUGGGUAUGGUAUUAUGCAUGCAUUAAAAUUCUAG